AUGAGUUUGUCAGCCUACCAUAAACUUAUCAAAGGCCUCAGUGCAGAGGAGCUUUUGAAACAAUUUCCUGAAGUUAUUCCAUUAGAACAAGCAUCCGGUCUAUCAUCAAGUGUAACUGAUCUAAAAAGCGAGGAUGCAGAUGUGUUUAGCGGUCAUGAUGAGGAACAAAUCAAACUGAUGGCUGAAAACUGUAUUGUUCUAGACUACAAUGAUGUUCCAAUUGGUUCAGGAACUAAGAAACUUUGUCACAUUAUGGAAAAUAUCAAAAAGGGUCUUUUGCACCGUGCAUUUAGUGUCUUUUUAUUCAACUCAGAAAACAAGUUGUUAUUACAGCAAAGAGCAACUGAAAAAAUAACGUUCGCAGAUAUGUGGACUAAUACCUGUUGCUCACAUCCUCUCUGUGUUGAAUCUGAGUUGGGUGCAGAUCAAGGUGAUAUCACUGACCUAGAGUCUUCUGUCCAUGGUGCUAAGGUCGCUGCACAAAGAAAGCUAUUCCAUGAGUUGGGAAUUGAAGCAGUUGAUAUUCCAUUAGAGGACUUUAAGUUUUUAACAAGAAUCCACUAUAUGUCCCCAAGUAACGGUCCUUGGGGAGAACAUGAGAUUGAUUACAUUCUAGUUAUAAAGGCGGAUGCAAAAUUUAAUCCGAAUUUGAACGAAGUUAAAGAUGUCAAGUAUGUCUCACAAGUUGAACUGAAGGAGAUGUUUGCAAAUCCUAACCUUGUUUUCACACCAUGGUUCAAAUUAAUUUGCGAAUCUUACUUAUUCAAAUGGUGGGAUGAUCUUGAUAAUCUCAAAGAAAACAUGUCUGAUAAUAUUGAUCGUAUGCUCUAA